AUGAGCAACAACCAUGUUUUGCCCUCCAAUUUCGUGUUUCGUGGAAUUGUGUUGAAUUUCUUGAACCCACUCAAUAACGAGCAUCAAAAGUUAUUACUCGGAAGAAAAAUCACGAUCAACUCUGAUCAACAUUUGAUGGAACUGAUCCGAGACAAAUUAAAUGAACAUGAUGAAAAAAGCAAGAAAAAAGUUGUCCAGGAGUCAGAUCAUCAUGUCCCUUCCAGCAGCAGUAGCGAGGAAGCGGAUCAAAGCACAUCCAGCCUCACGCAGCGUUUAACUUUGUGUGCCAAUGACGAGUUUAGCGAGUAUUCUGAACAAUCGGAAGACAAUGCAAUUUAUGGAGACACAGAAUUGUUAGAAAAUUCAGUAUUAAGUAUGCAACGUGUCUCAAGAUGGAACGGAAGAUAUGAGCCAAGAAAUGUUAUUGGUUCUGGAGGAUUUGGACAAGUUUAUUUAUGCAAUGAAUACGCCUUUAACGGGACCCACAAAGGAACAGUUGCGGUCAAAUUGAUUCCCUUGCUCGGCUCAGUAGAGGACUUCAAUAAGAAAAUUAAGGAAGCAAUUCUCAUGCUAAAAUUGAGACAUGAAAAUUUGGUACCUGCCCUAGAUAUCUUUGAAAUUUAUAACAAGGAUACCCUUGAGAAUUCACUAGGUAUUGUCACACCAUUUUAUAUUAAUGGAGAUUUAAUGAAACAACUGCAUUCUCAAAUUGAGAAAAAAGAAUGCCUACCAGAAGAAAUUAUUUAUUCCAUCAUGAAAGAUUUACUUACCGCCCUUAAUUACCUCCAUACAGAUGUUGGUAUUGCGCACAGAGAUAUUAAACCAGCCAAUAUUUUCUUAGAGAAAAUUAAUUUACAAAAAAAGACAGUAAAGGCAGUCAUUGGGGAUUUUGGAGUUGCAAAAGAGAUGCCACAUUCAGACAUGAGUCUAAAUGGUACAGUGUGUGGAAGCCCUAUUUUUGUUUCUCCUGAGGUUAUACUAGGAAAAUAUAACUUGAAAUGUGACCUCUAUAGCCUCGGAGUGGUUCUCUAUCAAAUGUUGAGCUUAGAUCUUGAAUCAAAUUUAAUCAAAACUUGCUUCUCGAAAUUUCCCCUUACAUCAUUGAUGGAAGCCAACAACGUAUCCAUGUUUUUAAAAAACUUUACAGAACAGAUGAUCAUGAGAAAUUAUACAAAAGAAACCACUACCUUGAAACGGUUAAAAGGUAAAUAA